AUGACUGAUGUCAUUGCCUCGAAGCACUUCCAGAACUACUUCGAUACUACGUCCACUUCUUCCAUCAUAGGUGCUAUUAACUCGACAUUCAGCGGAGGUGCUGUAUUCGGAGCGCUGUUUGGCGGAGUCAUUAUGGAUAAGUUCGGCCGAAAAAAGACUAUCGGCAUUGGUGCCUUUAUUUGCACGGUCGGCGCAGUCCUUCAAGCUGCUGCUUACCAUCUUGCCACGAUGUUGGUUGGACGAAUCAUUGCUGGCUUCGCCGUUGGCUUGCUCUCCAUGAGCGUCCCAGUAUAUCAAUCAGAAUGUGCAAGCCCUAAGAACCGGGGUCUCAUCGUUGGACUUGCCCAGCAAAUGAUCGGAGUCGGCUUCAUUGUAUCUACAUGGGUUGGUUACGGCAGUCAUCACAUGCCCGAUACUCCGUCCUUCCAGUGGCGAUUCCCCCUUGCGUUCCAGGCAUUUCCUUCUGCUCUGUUGUGCUUGGGCAUGCUUUGGCUCCCAGAGACUCCUCGCCAUCUUAUUGCUACUGACCAGUUGGAUGAUGGCAUUAGGACACUCCGAAAGCUACACUUUAACGGCUCGAACGGGGAGUGA